AUGACUGCUCUCCGGAACCCGAAGGCAACAACCACUGCAUCGAGAAGGAGAAUAGAGAAAAUCAUUCACGACUUCGACUUUGAUCUCUUCGAGAGUCAUGUCCACUUGCCUCCUCACCAUCUCAGGGAAGACGGUCAUGUCAUUUCACAGGUUCUUCCGUCCGAAGUGCGACGUGCUAUCAUGUCGGUAAGGAAUCAUAAUGUAGCUGGGGCCGACAGGAUGAAAUCUGAAUAUCUGAAGUAUCUACCGCCAGUACUCAUCAACACUCUGGCGAGGCUCUUUGUACGUUACCUGUCGGAAUGCAAGGGUCCUAAAAAGCAAAAGACCAGCAAAACUGUGUUGUUGUAUAAAAAGGGAGAUCCACAUGACACCGGCAACUAUCGCCCAAUCUGCUUACUCUCCGUUGAAAAGUCUUGGAUGAAGCAAAGCCAAGUGAGCAAGCAGGCUUUCAAAAAGGAUCCAACACGAUUAACCACAUUCACACUGUUUCAAAACUCAUCAAGGUAUCAUGAGAGCACAAGAUGCCGCUCUGUCUCAAUUCCUCGGGUUGAAGAACGCCUCCGACUCAGUUGA